AGUGUGCCAAAACACUUCUGUAGUGUAAAUUUAAAAGUGUUUUUUUUCUAUUCUUCCGUUUAACUGCUUUUUUCCGUUUUUUAAUGCAAUUGUACAUUUUGGCUUUUUCAACGAAAAACAAUUAUAGAAACGUGAUCUUCCAAUCUCGUUUCGUUAUUUACAUGCAACAAAAGGAACUGAGCAAUUUAGUCGUUGUUUGCAAAGAGGAUUCGCAUAGAAAGUAGACAAAUUCACCUAAACAGGCUUCUACUCCACACUCUAGAAAUGUUUUACUAUAUGCUCGUCUAAACUAUCUCACUUUGAUCAGUUUCAUCACUAUGGGCGUGAAUUUCAAAGCAAUUUAACAAAACUUUUAAUUAAAAAAGACAGUGUGGCCUCGUUGAUACAUACACAAACUACAUCAAGAGAGACCAGCCAAUCUAAGUGCCUCACCACAGAAUCUAUCGGCACCAAUCUUUAAUGUUUUUAGACCGUAUCCUCAGAAAAAGGAAUUCCCAGUGGCAAGAGUAAGGCCAUUAACUUAUGGCGCAGGUGAACAUGUUAAACUUAUUUUGGGCGCUGAUGAUGAAGAUGAAAAAUUGUAA